UGUUUUGUUAACCUUUUUUUCCAAUUUUUUUUAUAUUUUUCUUAUGUUAAUUAUUUUGAUUUUUAAUAUUUUUCAUAUUUCCAGUAUUUUAACUUAUUUUUGCCAUUUUUUUUAUCAAAUGAUGACUUUUAACCUCUUAUUGUUUUAUUUUUGUCUACAAGUUUUCAGACAAUUCUAUUUUUUAUGCACCCUUUUAUUUUUACAAGUUUUUAUAUUUUAUUGCCAAAUUUAUUUUUUAUUUUUUUAUUUUUCGACAACUUGUUGCAAUUACAUACUUUUUUAUUUGUAUUUCUAUUUUUUUCACUUUUUCUUUAUAAUUUUAUUAUGUAACUGAAUGAUCCGUGUUUUAGAUAAAAUUUUUGUUUCCAAAUUUUCAGACAUUUAUAUAUUUUUCACUCUUUUAUUUUUCCAGGUUUUUAUAUUCUAUUGCCAAAUUUAUUUUUAAUUUUUUAUUUUUCCAUAACUUGUUGCAAUUAAUGUUUUUUUGUUUGUAUUUACAUUUUUUACUUUUUUUAGUUUUAUUAUGUAACUGACUGAUCCGUGUUUUAGAUAAAUUUAUUUUUCUAUUAUUCUAGUUUUUUGUU